AUCAACUUCGACGUACUUCACUUACAAAUCAACUCUAUUUUUUUUUUAAAUACAAAUCAGAUUUUAUAUACAAACUUUUGAAACGCGCGCGCAUUGCGACCACACCACUAUCGCCAAGUUCACCGCGGCGGGACAAACCCACCACGCACGCGUUCAAUUUCACCACCCUCUCAGUUUUAACGUUCUUUGGUUCCCGACGACUUGCGACAUUUUAAGCUGGUUCAUUAUUCGCGAGAUAAAUUCGAGUUAUUAAAUUGUUGUGUUCUAGUAAAUAAAUUUAAAAUUAGUUUCAUUGGUGUUAACGGAGCUGUUGCAUACAGCAACAACAAUAACCACAAAUAGCAAAACAAAAACAAACGCAAAACACACAGAAAGAAAAGCAGAGUGAAAAGGAAAAAUCGGCGAGAAAAGCCGCAAAAAAAGAAGCAGCCAUCAACAUGAAUAUCGAUUCGUUGAAAAACGAGUGGGAGGAGCUCAACAAGGAGUUUGUCGAAUUGGAGAACUGCAACAGGCGGUACAUUGAGCUACUGGACCAGCUGCACAGCCACCAACAAAUGUGCUUCAACGAGAUCAAGCAUCAGCGGUACCGCAUGAACCAGAUAACGGCCCUUCUGCGACAGUUCAAAGGCCCCGUUCCGGCGGAGGACAAGGAGAAGGUCGAUGACCUGCACAAGAUGACCUUGAAGCGCAAGGCGCAACUGCACGAAAUUGAGCAAUCCUUGCCAGCGAAAUCCGGUCGCUACUUGCAGAUAAUCCUGGGCGAUGUGAAUGUCUCGAUUCUCAACAGAAACGACAAAGUUCGCUAUAAAGAUGACUAUGAAAAGUUUAAAUUAAUACUCAACGUAAUUGGACUGAUAAUGGCCUUCUUCAAUUUGAUAUUCAACUACAGGGCCUUGGAGCUGGCCUUCAUAUUCCUGCUGGUCUGGUACUACUGCACACUGACCAUCCGCGAGUCCAUCCUGAAGGUGAAUGGCUCGAGGAUCAAGGGCUGGUGGCGGGCGCACCACUUCAUCUCCACGGUGGCCGCCGGAGUGCUCCUGGUUUGGCCACAGGGCGAGCACUGGCAGAUCUUCCGGAUGCAGUUCAUGUACUUCAACGUCUACAUCAGCAUCGUGCAGUAUCUGCAGUUUGGCUACCAGAAGGGCCUGCUCUACCGGCUGAAGGCGCUGGGCGAGCGGCACAACAUGGACAUCACCAUCGAGGGCUUCCACUCGUGGAUGUGGCGCGGGCUGAGCUUCCUGCUGCCGUUCCUGUUCAUCGGGUACGGGUUCCAGGCGUACAACGCGUGGACGCUCUACCAGCUGGCCACCGGCUCGGCGGACGCGCCGUGGCACGUGUCGGUGAUGUCCGGCCUGUUCCUGUUGCUGUUCGUGGGCAACAUGGCCACCACGCUGUGGGUGGUGCCCGAGAAGAUCCGCGAGCGGGCCAAGGAGCGGUACCGCCUGCAGAGCAUGGGCAAGUCGAUGAAGCUGCGCCAGGAGAUGAAGAAUAGCGCCAGUGAUUUGGACCUAUCGAGUGGAUCGAAACUUUCGCCAACUGGGGUUACGACUACUUCCAUUGCGACUGCGACGCAAACACCCGCCGACAAGAAGGAAAUUUAAGCAAAUCAAUGGUUCUGUUUAGCCAGGCAUUUCAAUUACACAAAUAAUUACUGUUUUUAUGAUUUUUUUUUUCCUAUUUAUUAACUUUUUCCCUUGGUUUUGUUCUUCUCCAAACCCCAACCCACCCCCUCCCACAACGACUUUGAACUAUGCUCUUUUUCCAUUUCACACACAUAAUGUAAAACCGAUGUACAUUUGAAGCAAACACUAUAUAAGCAGAAAAAAAAAACAAUUUAUAGUCAUAAUACACAUAUUUUUUUUCGCCUAAUUGUAAGUAUGAAAAAUGAGAAGAUGAAAUAUUAAAUGGAAUUGAAGUGA